AUGCAAUCAUUCCUCAUCAAGUAUGGCAAACAUGUGAGAAGAAAAUAUAACACAUCUGAAAGUCAGACCAACAAUAUAAAAUGUUCUGAUUUGCAAGUGCAGUCGUAUAGAGGCAAAGAAAAAGAAUGCCAAACUGUUAUUAGCAAAGAUUUUUCUGAUUACCAACAUGACAAUUCUGAUGAUUUACUGAAUCACCUUCAAAAAAUGGAAAACCGAAUGUUGAAAUAUUUAAAAUGUAAUAGCUGGAACAAGACAGCUGCUUACUUCCCGAUAAAUAGCGAUAUUGAUUCUAGUUGUAUGAAUUCAAAAAAGUUGAAAGGCGUAGAUAAUGCUGACGACAAGAUGGACCACAACGAUUGCUGUACAGAUAAAACGAGCAUCAACUUCUGGAGCGUUAACAGGCUGGAAUCAAAUAACACGCAACCAGAUAAAUACGUGGAGGUGGCUGGUUGCGUCGUUUCACUGGCCUACCACUAUUCAAUUAUUUCUAUUAUCGCUUGCGCUACGUUUAAUGGUGAACUUUCUAGACGCAAACCAAACGUUUAA